AUGUUCUUUCUGCUGACGGCACUUCAAGUCCUGGCCGUGGCCGUGGCCCAGAGCCAGGAGGAUGAGAACAAGAUAAUUGGCGGCUACACGUGCGUCCAGAACUCCCAGCCGUGGCAAGGGGCUCUGCUCGCAGGCCCUGCACGUCGCUUCUUCUGCGGAGCAGCCCUGCUGUCGGACCAGUGGGCCAUCACCGCGGCUCACUGCGCCCGCCCGAUCCUGCGGGUGGCCCUGGGCAAGCACAACCUGAGGAGGCGGGAGGCCACCGAGCAGGUGCUGCGUGUGGUUCGCCAGGUGCCACACCCCCGCUACAACUCUGGGACCCACGACAACGACCUGAUGCUGCUGAAGCUGGAGCCGGCUGCCCGGCUGGGGAGGGCAGUGACGCCCAUCACGGUGGCCCUGUCCUGCGCCAGCCCUGGGACCUCCUGCCUGGUGUCGGGCUGGGGGACCAUAUCCAGCCCCAUCGUCAGGUACCCCAAAGGUCUGCAGUGUGUGAACAUCAACAUCUCCACGGAUCAGGAGUGCCAGCGGGCCUACCCCCGCGCCAUCACAGCCGGCAUGGUCUGUGCGGGGGACCCCCAAGGCGGGAAAGACUCUUGUCAGGGUGACUCCGGGGGACCCCUGGUGUGCAGAGGACAGCUCCAGGGCCUCGUGUCCUGGGGGAUGGAGCACUGCGGCCGGCCUGGCUAUCCUGGGGUCUACGCCAACCUGUGCAUGUACCACAGCUGGAUCCAGAGCACCAUGCAGAGCAGCUGA